AGCGGAGCCGGGCGCCGGGAGCAGCGGGCGCGGCGGGGCCGGGACCGAGCGGGCCCGGACGGACCCCAGGCGGCGACGGAAUCGCUCCAGAUGCCUGGGAUUUCCUCAUCGGAUCACCGCGUUUCAGACAGGGACCUGUGAGCAGCCUUUCACCUUGGGGCGGGAAGAAAGGUCUGUGCCUUGUCGCCAUUGUGUCCUCUCCCUCGGGGCCACCGGGAUGUGGAAAGCUUCGGCGGGCCACGCCGUGACCAUCCCCCAGGACGACGGGGGCGCCGAUGACUGGGAGACCGACCCCGAUUUUGUGAACGACGUGAGUGAGAAGGAGCAGAGAUGGGGGGCCAAGACUGUGCAAGGGUCUGGGCACCAGGAGCACAUCAACAUACACAAGUUGAGAGAGAAUGUUUUUCAAGAACACCAGAGCCUGAAGGAGAAGGAGCUUGAAACGGGACCAAAAGCCUCUCACGGUUACGGCGGGAAGUUCGGCGUGGAGCAGGACCGCAUGGACAAGUCAGCUGUCGGCCACGAGUAUCAGUCGAAGCUCUCCAAGCACUGCUCCCAGGUCGACUCCGUCCGGGGCUUUGGAGGCAAGUUUGGUGUCCAGGUGGACAGAGUUGACCAGUCUGCUGUGGGCUUUGAAUACCAGGGGAAAACCGAGAAACACGCCUCGCAGAAAGAUUACUCGAGUGGCUUUGGUGGCAAGUACGGUGUGCAGGCGGACCGCGUGGACAAGAGCGCCGUGGGCUUCGACUACCAGGGCAAGACGGAGAAGCACGAGUCGCAGAAAGAUUACUCCAAGGGCUUCGGGGGCAAGUUUGGCAUCGACAAGGACAAGGUGGAUAGAAGCGCCGUGGGCUUCGAGUACCAAGGCAAGACGGAGAAGCACGAAUCCCAGAAAGACUAUGUGAAAGGGUUUGGAGGAAAGUUUGGCGUGCAGACGGACAGACAAGACAAAUGUGCUCUUGGCUGGGAUCACCAGGAGAAAUUGCAGCUGCACGAGUCCCAAAAAGACUAUUCCAAAGGAUUCGGCGGAAAAUACGGGGUGCAGAAGGAUCGGAUGGAUAAGAAUGCUUCCACCUUCGAGGAUGUCACCCAGGGGGCCCCUGCUUAUCAGAAGACCAUCCCCGUCGAGGCAGCAAACAGCAGAACCAGCAACAUUAGAGCGAACUUUGAAAACCUGGCGAAGGAGAAGGAGCAGGAGGACAGGCGGAAGGCGGAAGCGGAGAGGGCGCAGAGGAUGGCCAAGGAGAGACGGGAGCAGGAAGAGGCCCGGAGGCAGCUGCACGAGCAAGCCCAAGCCCAAGCCCAGAAGCAAACCCCCCCCGCGUCUCCCACCCCUCAGCCGGCCGAGGAGAGGCCGCCCUCAAGCCCCGUCUAUGAGGACGCGGUUUCGUUCAAGGCUGAGCCGCAGCCCACGUACAGCGUGGAGGCCGCCGACUACCGAGAGGCUGGUGGCCAGCAGGGCCUGGCCUACGCCCCGGACGCCGUCUACGAGGCCGCGGAGGCCCCGGGCCACUAUCAAGCAGAGGAGAACACCUACGACGAAUACGAAAACGACCUUGGGAUCACGGCUGUCGCCCUCUACGACUACCAGGCUGCGGGUGACGACGAGAUCUCCUUCGACCCCGACGACAUCAUCACCAACAUAGAGAUGAUCGAUGACGGCUGGUGGCGGGGGCUCUGUAAGGGCAGGUACGGGCUCUUCCCGGCCAACUACGUGGAGCUGCGGCAGUAGGCCCGCCGGCCCCGCGCCACGCGUCACUCCCGCCGUCCGUGGGUUUCCGGGGCCGGGAGGGCCGUGGACGUGCCGCUUUUAUAUUUAAUACUUCUGCUGAUGCUUUUGGAAAUGUUUAUGCCACAGAAUUUGCUAAUAUAUUGUAAUCACGUUCCUUAGGA